AUGGCCACCUAUCAAGUCCGACAUCUCGCCUCUAAGCAAGAUCACACCCGCCUAUGGAUCCUCCUGAACCCCCACAAAACAUCCUCUCCAAGUGAUCGACUCCCCAUUAUAAACCCUGAAAUCGAAGCCUUCCACAAAAGACUCCCCUCCUAUAACUCCACUCCCCUCCACAAUCUCCCAACCAUAGCCUCAGAACUAGGCAUCGCGUCCCUCCUCCUCAAAGAUGAAUCCACGCGCUUCGGCCUCCCAGCCUUCAAAAUCUUAGGGGCAAGCUGGGCAAUUCAUAAAUCUGUCUGCCAGCGCUUCUCCCUUCCCGUCGACUCCUCACUAGAAAAUGUCCGCGUCGCUCUGAGAAAGGAUGACAUUCGACUCGUGACGUGCUCCGAGGGGAACUGGGGAAGGGCCGUAGCGAGAAUGGGAAAGAUUUUGGGAGUUGAGGUUCGCGUUUAUGUUCCUGGUUUCAUGAGUGUUUUCACCCAGAAUUUGUUACGUGGUGAGGGCGCGGRGAUUGUWGUUUUGGAGCGAGGAAGUUAUGAUGAUGCUAUUGCUGCGACGCGACAUGAAGCGGAGAGGGAUGUUGAGCGGGCGUUGAUGGUUAUGGAUACUAGUUGGGAGGGAUAUGAGGAGAUUCCAAAGUGGGUGACUGAGGGAUAUGGAACCAUGUUGACGGAGACGGACCGGCAAGCUGCUGAGUAUGGUGUUAAACCCAACACAUUCAUUGUUUCGGUCGGUGUAGGUUCUUGGGCACAUUCGGUCGCGGCACAUUACCAGGCUGAAGGUAAUCGUGUUAUUGCCGUGGAGCCCACUGUCGCUGCUUCGCUGAAGGAGUCGCUGCAUUGUGGUGCUCCAACACCGAUUGAGACGGGCGAGACAAUUAUGGCGGGUAUGUGUUGCGGCACGACCUCUGUCGUGGCCUGGCCAAUACUCCGCGAUACGCUCCACGCUGCUGUGACGGUCUCUGAUGCUGAGUCUCAUCAAAGUGUCCUUGAUCUACGAGCUUUGAACGUGGAUGCUGGACCUUGCGGCGCCGCCACGCUGGCAGCACUACGAAAGUAUGUCGCAGACGUGACAGAGGAUGAAAGAAAGAACAUGUCAGUCGUGCUAUUCAGCACUGAAGGUGGUGGRGAGUACGAUGUGCCUUGUGCAGUAAGUACAUAG